GAUGGACGGACGUCACCUUUUUGCACGACUUCACCCAAACACCUGCGGUCUUGGUACAAAUUCAGACGUCCAACAACGAAGAACGCACUUUGCCAAGUCAAGCCCCGUCGGUGCCAUGGUUGACUGCAGCAUGCCAAAAUCUGGGUGUGCAGGGGAUGCAGGUUAGCCUGGAGUCAAGCACCGCAGUGGCAGGUCCCGCUGACCUGGUGCCCGAAAGCGUGGGGUACAUUAUCUUCGAGGAUCAAGUAUCCUCUGGAUUUGAAUUACCGAGCAAGCUGCUGGAGUCUGAGCUGAUGCUUUCAACCAUCGAGUGCAAUUAUCCUUUGUAUAUUUGGCUCAACAUUUUUUCGGAAAACGGAAAUCACGGCUGCUUGCGUGAGUUGCUAGCUCGUGCCGAUUGUUCACAAAAAUAUUGGAACUGGGGACGCCGCGAUAAUAAUUGUGCCUGCGUCCCAGUAGACGUAAACUGUGGAGACAGCACGCACCAAAGCGUGAGUACGAUCGAAGUCGACGUCUAUCAGGCCAAAAAUACGCAGGAUUAUGGAUGCCUCUCAAACGUCCCAGCUGGUUGCGACACCAUUUCGGACAAGCAGUCUUGCCUCACCAGCAUGGAUGGCCAAGACUUCACGUCUUCAGCGCUGAGUUUCAUGACACUGACGUCAGAAGGAGGUAGACGCUGCGUUUGGUGCGAUUCCCAAUGCAAAGAGGCUGCGGACAAGUGCGAACCUUUGGACUAUCUCCUGCACUUCGGUCUAUUCAAAGAAACUUUCGAGGUGGCCCAAUGCACUGAUGCCCCUUCCAGCAUUCCGUUCCUCACGAUGUCAGACAUCCUCCUCACAGAGGGUCCCUUGGAAUAUCUUGGAACAUGGAGAAAAGUGACGAAAACGCAGCAUCUAGCUUGCCAGAACAUCUCGACAGCUCCUCAUCCUUGA